AUGUUCAAUCCGUAUCAGCAGCAGGGUCAAGGCUUUCCUCAAGGUCAAGGCAAUGCCUACAACCAGCAGUCUACCGGUUUUUUUCCGGGAAAUGGCCAGCAGCAGCAGCAGCAGCAGCAGCAGCAACAGCAGCAUCAACUGAAUCAGCGUCCAACUGCAGAGUUUGGCAGUAUGCAACAAAAUGUUCCUACUUCUUUUGGGUAUCAGCAGCAGCAGCAGCAGCAGCCACAACAACAACAACCACAGCAACCUUUGCCUAGUUUCUCGAAUACAGGAAAUUUGUUUUCAAAUUCCUCACCAUUCGGAGGAUUCUCCAAUGGACCGCAGAAUAAUCAGCAAUCUCAGGGUUAUCCAAUGGGCAAUGUUGGUGUUCAAUCUCAUCAAACGGGUUAUACACAGUCGCUCCAGCCACAGCAGACUGGCCAAUUCCAGCAACAGGUCCCACAGACCUCGUUUUUCAACCAAGCUCAAAAUCAAAACCAGCCACAAGCUUCCUUCUCGCAGCAGCAGCAGUCUGGGGAUGUUUUCCAGCAGUCUCUCGGGAACCAGCAGUACCAGCAACCUCCUUUUCCGAGCCAAACACUUCAGUCUCAAAACACCGGCUACUAUCCUCCUCAACCACCACAGCAGCAGCUUCAGCCACAGAGCACCGGUUUCCCCAACCUACCGCACGGUGGAUCGGGACCUCAGCCAUUGCAAUCGCAGCAGACCAACCAGUAUUCCCAGCAAUCUCAGCCAGCACAAGUCCAGCAAACUGGAUUUUAUCCACAGCAAGGUUCAAAUCCAUUGCAACCACAGCAACCGCAGCAGAACACUUUCUACUCGUCGCAGCAGCAACCUCUGCAGCCUCAACAGACGGGUUUCUACGCGCAGCAACCACAGCAGACAGGCUUCAAUUUUGGAGAACCUGUUCAACCGUUGAAGCCGACCGCCACCGGUUUUGUCAACUCGUUCGCUAACAAGGGUGUUAAUGACAGUCUCAAAAUUCCUUCGAUGCGACUAUCAUUCAUGACCGUUGCGGACCAAGCGAAAUUUGAGACCUUGUUUAGAUCUUCGGUGCCAAAAGGCUCAAAUACGAUUUCUGGCGAUGCUUGUAGAGGCAUUUUGAUGCGCUCUGGUGUGUCUCCCUCACAGCUGGCCAAAAUCUGGACCUUGUGUGACACAAGUAAGGCGGGCGAGCUUUUGUUCCCUGAGUUCGCUUUGGCCAUGCAUCUAGUAAAUGAGGUAAUUCAGGGCGAUAGCGUUCCGUUCGAUUUGAAUACCAAAGUUAAAAAUGAGGUGGCUAGCUUUGUUGACGCUAUCAAUAUCAGCAUCGCUGGUGGCAGCGAAAGUAACAUAUCCCAGCCACAAAGAACUCCCUUUGACGAUCUGACUUUUGGCGUUCAAAACCUACAGCCACAACCGACUGGAGCCAUGCCCCAAAUUAGCUUCGGGACGCAGUUGCAGCCCCAGAUUACGCAGGGGCCCUUGAACCCUCAACUAACAGGUUAUUUACCGCCCACAUCUUUCAACCAGGUUUUGCAAUCUCAGCCAACAGGCGGUCAGUUACAACCUCAAUUCACCAAUCAAUUUCAGCAACCCGCCGCCGAUGGACCUUUGCAAUCCCAACUAACUGGUGGCUAUGUUCAGUCGCAACCAACUGGAAUGAUGCCCCAAACUUCAUUCAACCAACCUCUCCAAUCUCAGCUGACAGGAGCUGGAAAUCUGCAACCACAAAGUACAGGAUCUUUAGCUGGGCUGACCUCCGUUUUAACCGGCCAGCCUACUGGCCAGCAAAUUGGCCAAUUUGCCCCGAGUGGACCUUAUUCAAAUCCCUCUCUACUUCAAUCUCAAUCAACAGGAUACUUACCUCCCUCUAAUUUCAAUCCCACCGCUCCGCUCAUUGCUCAGAAGACGGGAUUUGGACACAACGAACUUUACAGUCAGAACAAUAUGGCCAAUAAAUUCAUGCAAGGUGAUUCUGACUCGCUGGCACCCGAGGAAAUUUCAUUGUUCUAUAAGAUGUUCGAUACCUACGACACUUCGAAGAAAGGAAUAUUGGGCUCUGACAUCGCUGUUGAGAUUUUUAGGAAAUCUGGUUUAAACCGAAGCGACCUGGAGCAUAUCUGGAAUCUUUGUGAUACAAAUAACAGCGGUCAAUUGAAUAAACAGGAAUUCGCUCUAGGGAUGCAUUUGGUGUACAGAAAGCUGAAAGGCAAUGAACUACCCAAUCGACUCCCACCUAGCUUAGUCCCCUCUAGCACAAAAAUUCUGAAUUCAGUCAUCAGUCAAUUGAAGAAUGAUACCAGUUCAAACAAAAAGGAGCCGACUAAGAUAGACGGGUUUUCAUUCAAGCACGACGACGAUGAACUAUUGCCAAGCUCGAGAAACCGUCGUAAGAUCCAAACGACAAAAGUCGAUUCUCCAAAGGCAAGUCUCGUUUCUACAAACCCAGCCGCUGUGAGAGAAUCGAGUAACAGCUCUCGGUUUUCGCAGACUGCUGGCAAGAAUGAUGAAUCAGCGAUUGAAGAAUUGAAAAGAAAAAUUCUGGCUAUUUCACUGCCCAGCUCAGCCUCAAGCUACGAAGCCAAAGGGUUGCCCCAGGGUUUAAAAGAGAAAUUCGAUAUACUUACUAAGAAGGUACCACAACUUCUUGAGGAAAUUGUACAGGUCAACAACCAGAUCACGAUGGCCAAAAUCGAUCUAUACAGAAAUAGAAACCCUUCCUCUCUGGUUGGCACAGGGCAAAAUGGAGAAGUCACGGAUGAUGAUAGGAGAAAAGCCAAGAGCAAAGCUUUGCUUGCCUCAAGAAUGGCUGCCUUGACCGGAAAGCCUUCCGCUAGUACAGACGUUGAUCAACAAGAGCAGAGAUAUAACGAAGAAGUUGCUAAUAUUCAAUCUCAGAAUAAAGCCAAUCAAUCGAUUAUGGAAGACAUACAAACAUCCAUCUUUGAAAUUGCAGCUGCUGUUAAUUCUGCUAUCGAGGGUAAAGCGGCAACGAGUGGUCGGGAAUACGAAAAGUGGGAACUGGGCGUGGGGGUCGAUCCUCUAGUGCGCUUUAUUCUCUCGAAACUAAAAUCAAAUGUAUCCCCACAACAGAUCGGUUAUGGCGGUGGCAACUUUGAGAGAAGUGACUCCUCUCUACACCCUAGUUCUUCGCCAGUUCCAGCACCAGCCCUACAAUCUACACCUAGUGACAGAUCUGCUUUUCUGAAAGAGCAGGCCCAGAGGAAGAUGAAAGAACGUCUUGCCAAUCUCGGCUUGGGGAAGAAAGAAAACCAGCGGUCUGAACAGACAAACCUUGUCGUACAGCCAAAGACACCAGGAGAAGAUGAUGAAGUUAGAAAACUCACUCAACAAAUGGAUGUUCUCAAAACUAAGCCGACAAACAACAGCGAGGACUCAAACACGCAACCAGCAGUCGCUUCGAGUUCAGCACCUGCGGCUCCCCCUUACCCCGCGGAAGAAUUGAAAAGUGAGGUCGCGCCAAAUGGCGGUACCCACGUAAAUAUUGGCGAAUUUGCCCAACCUCAGCAACCCAUUGGUUCUGUUAGCGAAGUUGACCCUUCAGCAGGGCAGGCGGGCACCAAUCAAAGCGCGAACGCUGUUCCAGUUCCCCAGGCAGCGGCCACACCCCAAUCAGUGACUAGCAAUGUUAAGCACAACCCAUUCGGCAUUCCCCAUGCUGGGUCCGCUUCUUCAACGCCGACUGGCGGAAGAAAUCCGUUUUUCAAGCCUUCCCAAACUAAUUCCUCGUCAUUCGACGCUAAGGCCGCCGAAGCUCAACGCAGGAUCCAAAGAGGGCUAGACGAUGAUGAUGAUGAUUGGUCUGACGAUGAAGGAAAGGGUGAGAAGACAAACUCCUCUGCUGCUCCAACUCCAGUUGCUCCAGCCCCGGUUGCUCCAGCUCCAGUUGCUCCAGUUCCAGUUGCUCCAGCUCCAGUUGCUCCAGCUCCAGUUGCUCCAACUCCAGUUGCUCCAACUCCAGUUGCUCCAACUCCAGUUGCUCCAACUCCAGUUGCUCCAGUCCCGGUCGCACCAGCUCCAGUUCCAGUUGCUCCAGCUCCAUCAAAUAGUGUACCCGUGCCCAUUGCUCCUCCAUUGCCACAGAUGGGAACCAACUCUGGCUCAGUUCAGCACGCUGCUGAGGUGCCAUCUAAUUCGGAGACCAAGAUAGAAGAUGAUCACGAUGGCGAACGCUCUGAUGACGACCUUUCGAUUCCUGAUUCUGUUGAUUCCUUCACUGAUGCCCAACCUCCACACGAAGGAAGCGUUCCUCCAUCGGGCAUUCCUCCUCCACCACCUCUACCUUGA